UGUUAGAUAAAUAAUCAAAUCAAAUAAAAUGUUAUAAUUCAUGAUUUCUUAUUUGUUGUAUGUAAUUCUAUGAUUUUAUUUUACUUUCGUAAUUAGUGCAUCUUCCCAUAACACAAGACGGCAUUUUAAUGUUGUACCUGUAUCAAAUUAAAGCAAUUCUGUCAACAACAAACGCGUGCGUACCGUUUUCGUAUCGAGAGAGCGACUACGGUCUACGACCCCAUGCGCCAAUUGACUCAAUUUAGGCGAUUGAUUUUCGGCGCGCUAGUGACAUAUCUACCUCUUUUAAUAUUAUAAUAUCAUUGCCACAAGACAAGGCAACCGUCCCUACUCUCCCCUUCUUACCUAACGUUAUAGGUUAAAUGUAAGUUUAAGUGAUAAGAUAACAAAAUAACAAGUAACGUAAGUAAAUAUACAUAAAUUUAUACUUGCGUCUAGCGGUGUCUUAAUUAAUUCUUAUUAAAAAUACUAUUUAACUAAACAAAUAAUAAUGUGCAAAAUUAUAAUAGAAAAUUUAAUUAAAAUAUUUACGAAUAGUGUAGCAGCCGUACUGCCUGCAAACUUAAUUAAAAAAUCAUUGAAAUAUAAUUCAGAAGUGUUGAAUGUUUGUGGCCAUGAGUAUAACUUAAAAGAUAAGCAACUUUAUGUCAUAGGAUUUGGUAAGGCUGUAAAAAAUAUGGCUAUUGAGAUUGAAAAUAUGCUGGAUUCUAAAAUUAAACAGGGCAUUGUUAGUGUGCCUAUCGAAAGCCUAGAACAUGAUGAGUCAAAAAGAAAGAUAUUAUAUAUUGAAGGGGCCAGAAACAACUUACCUGAUCUUUUAGCUGAGAAUACAAGUAGAAAAGUUAAAUCUUUAAUAACAAGUCUUACGAAAGAUGACAUUUUAUUAGUUCUUAUAUCGGGAGGUGGAUCUGCUUUACUGCCACUUCCUAAAAGUCCCAUAACUUUAUAUGAAAAAACCUUGGUUAUCAAAAUGUUAGGAAAUGCAGGAGCUGAUAUUAAAGAAUUAAAUUCUGUGCGCAAGAGAAUUUCUGAUUUGAAAGGAGGAAAACUAGCUAUUGAAUCACAGCCAGCUCAUGUUGUCUCUCUUAUCCUCUCAGAUAUUGUUGGUGAUCCACUAGACUUAAUAGCAAGUGGGCCCACAGUAGAAAACAAAGAUGUAUCAGAUGAAGCAUUGAAAGUUAUACAAAAAUAUGAAUUGUUUACUAAAAUCCCGGAAUCUGUUAAACAUGUUUUACAAUCUUCAGAACUUAUCCAACCAUUUCCAGAUAACAAUGUCAAAAACUAUAUUAUUGGCUCAAACAAAAUAUGUGUGGAAGCUUCUAUAAAAGAAAUAAAACUUAUAGGUUAUACACCAAUAGUACUUUCACAUACAAUAACAGGAAAUGUUAAGCAAGUUGCACAAGAUUACUUGAAAAUCACACAAAUGUUCUGUGAUUAUUGUGAUGAACAUAUUGAUUUGAAUUGCCUGAAAAAUAAAUUAAAUGGUUUGAAUUUACCAAACAUAAAUGAGUUUACUGUGUUAAGUACAGAUGUUGAAAAUGGCAUAUGUUUAGUACUUAGUGGAGAAACAACUGUGCAAGUAAAGGGAAACGGUGUUGGAGGAAGGAAUCAACAGUUAGCUUUAGAGUUUUCAAUUCUUUUAAAUGAAAAUAGACAUAAACUUAAUAAAUUUAGCAUAUAUUUCUUAAGUGCUGGAACUGAUGGCAUAGAUGGACCUACAGAUGCUGCAGGAGCAUUAGGGUAUUUGAAUUUGGUCCUAGAUGCAGAAAAGGAGAAUCUGGAUGUUCAAUCAUGUGUGGAUAAUAAUGAUUCUUACACAUUCUAUAAAAUGUUUCAAAAUGGAGCAUUUCAUGUGAUAACUGGGCACACUAAUACUAAUGUAAUGGAUAUUCAUUUAUUAUUUAUCAAAAGGAACAGUAAAUGAAUUUUUAAUAAGAAAUCAGGGAAUGCAAAAUAUAAGUACACAUUUAAAAUUUGUUAUGUUUGUUAUUGUAUGAAAUAAAAACCAAUUUGGGUUCUUAUCAACUAUAAUAUUUAUAAACACAGUAUUUACAAUGGUUUAAGAAAUAAAUUGAGUUUAUUUUG